ACUCGCCAUCCACCCAAGUCAUAGUCUGCAAAUAAAUAUAUCAUGACACGAACGACCAACUAGAUCCAUGACUUAGUACUCUGUAAAGAAAGUCGUCUAAAAUAACGAUACGCUCUUUGAAUUCUAAUUAUAAUUUAAACCUUGUCUAAAAUAAUUUUUUUAUAGCUACGGAAAAAAUAUAUACUAGAGAGGAUUAGAUGCCCUUACUAUGUGAGGCUAGUCUUGCACAGACUCGGAGCAAGAUAGGACUAGUUAGCUACAUACAAGGCAAGAACCAGCAGUGGAGCGAGGGAGACACUGAGAGAGAGAGAGAGAGGAAACAAUGGCGGACAAGGAGGAUCUUAAGCUCCUCGGCCUGCAGCUGAGCCCGUUCGUGAUCCGCGUGUGCAUGGCGCUGACCAUGAAAGGAGUGAGUUUCGAGUACGUCGAGGAGGACCUGAACAACAAGAGUGAGCUCCUGCUCAAGUCCAACCCGGUGCACAAGAAGGUGCCCGUGCUCAUCCACAACGGUAAGCCCAUCUGUGAGUCACUCGUCAUCCUGCAGUACGUCGACGAGCUGUUCGCUGGCCGGUCGAUCCUUCCAGCCGACCCCUUCGAGCGCGCCACUGCUCGCUUCUGGGCUGCCUACGUCGACGACAAGUUGUUCCCGGCGUGGUACGGCAUGGUGAAAGCCCAGGCGGAGGAGGAGAGGGCGGAGAAGGUGAAGGAAACGCUUGCCGCAAUCGAGAAAAUGGAAGUGGCCUUCGCCAAGUGCUCCGGCAACGGCAACGCCGCCUUCUUCGGUGGCGACUCCAUUGGCUACGUCGACAUCGUGCUCGGCUCCUUCUUGUUCUGGUUCGAGGCGGUGCGCAGGGUUGACGGCCUGGAGAUCAUUGACGCGAGCAAGACUCCGCUCUUGGCUGCGUGGGCGGAGCGGUUUGGAGGGAGUGUAGAAGCGAAGGAGGUGGUGCCGGUGCCUGAGGCGGACUUGGCGGUACAGUACAUCAAUAAGUUUCGUGCCCCUGCCAUCGACGCUGCGAAGUUAGCGAGUUCAGAAUGAGUUCAGGCCACCAAAGCUGGAAGAGGUAAACGGUGGGGUAACAGUUGCUAUGAUCCUUCCAAUUCCAACCGAAUAAUGUUGAAACUUGAAAGAUUAUUAUAUUGAUAAAUAUGUAGCGGGUUGACUAAUUUUUCAUCUGAUUAUGUUGUUCCAGUCGUCUGCUCUGCAAUAAAUAUGAUUAUUUUGGUGUGAA